AUGCCAAUUGUCGAAAGAGAAUUAUACGGUUUCUCCCUUCCCUCUCCUUCACUCAAAGUGGGCUCUUCCCUCGAAUCAUUCGAACUUCGAACACCCACCGAUAAAGGUCGAUACAAAAACUUUGUCUACACUCUAUCUUUCCCUUUACCCAAUGUAUACAGGGUACUUUUGACUGGACCAGAUCGACCUAGACCACCUCACGACAAUGUCAUCUUACCUUACAAACCUCAUUCAUUCAAGCUCACUGCUCUCGAAGAGUACAAAGCUACCUUUGAUUUCCCCUCCCAAAAUGGACCAGACGAGUUGGACGGAUCGAAUAGAAAGAGGGUAUUAGAGAUCUCAUGGAAAGAACAUAUCACAUUGGUAUCAUACGAAUAUAUCGGUAAUGAGAAGAGAAGACUUUUGGGUGAUCUGAACAACCGAUCUUAUGCUCUGACGGAAAAGGGAGUGAUGAGACAUUGGUGGAUCGAGGCUGAUAACCUUCACUUGGGAUUGGGUGAGAAGGCAGCACCGUUAGAUCUGUCCAAUCGAAGUUUUACAAUGCACGGAUCCGAUUCUGCCAAUUAUGACGCCUACAGUACCGAUCCAUUGUACAAACAUACACCUUACUUAAUCUCUACACCAAAAGCAAAAGAAGGUCAUGAGGAGGUACAAUCGACUUAUGCGAUCUACCAUCCUACCAACUCGAGCGGUGUUUGGGAUAUACACAGUUUACAUGAUGACCCAUGGGGUCAAUUCAAGACUUAUACUCAGGAUUAUGGAGGAUUAGAGGAAUACGUGCUGGUUGGGAAAGGUGUCAAAGAGGUAGUGAGGACUUUUGCGGAGCUGGUGGGUAAACCUAGGCUGGUCGGAAGAGAUUGGCUAGGAUAUCUGGCUUCCGGUAUGGGUCUUGGAGAGAGUGAUCAUCCAAUUGCCCAAGAUCUACUCUCAACUUGGCCUGAUCUAUGUAAGAAGCAUGACAUCCCUUGUUCAGCAAUGCACCUGUCGUCAGGUUACACGGCCGAUGAAAAGACGGGUAAUCGAUAUGUGUUCACUAUGAACAAGAAACGAUAUCCCGACUUCAAAGGGAUGGUCGCUCAUUUCCAUAAAAAUGGUAUAAAGGUGGUACCGAAUAUCAAACCAUACGCCCUGCAGACCCAUCCUCACUACAAGAGACUCGAAUCUGGAGAUGCAUUGUUCAGGGACCCAGCGAUUGAUGAACCGGUAGUUACUCGAAUUUGGUCUUCUGGUGUAGGUGAUAACGAAAAAGGAAGCUGGGUAGAUAUGAUCAGCGAAGAAGGACGAAAAUGGUGGGCUGAGGGUGUAAGAAGUCUCAUCGAAGCUGGAUGUGAUGGGAUGUGGGACGAUAAUAACGAAUAUUACCUACACGAUGACGACUUCCUCUCCUCCACCCAAUUCCCACACGAGAUCGCCUCUCCUAUCCAAGGGAAAGGCAGUGUCGGACUACUAGGUCGAAUGAUCAACACCGAACUAAUGAACUAUGUCUCUCAUACCGAACUUGAAAAAGCCAACCCCGAAAGACGUACUUACGUGUUAACUCGAUCAGGUAAUGUUGGAACAUUCAAAUAUGCCAAUUCGACUUGGUCAGGGGAUAAUUGGACUUCGUGGCAUUGUCUCAGAGGAUCUCAGGCGAUACAAAUAAAUGCUGGAAUGUCUUUGAUGCAGUCUUACGGAUCGGAUAUAGGAGGUUUUGCUGGACCGUUACCUACACCCGAGAUGUUCGUCAGAUGGGUACAACUUGGUGUGACCCACUCGAGGUUUUGCAUACAUAGUUAUAAACCUAACAAGGAUGAUCCUAGUGGUGCGGCUGCUACCAACACGCCUUGGAUGUAUCCUGAAAUGUUACCUAUCGUCAGAGAUGCUAUCAGAUGGAGAUACGAAUAUCUACCAUUCUUCAAUCAUUUGAUGUGGCUCUCUCACGAAGAAGCUAUACCUACAACAGCCUGGUUAGGCUACGGCGACUUUGCUUCUGAUCCCGACUUAUACACUCAAGAAAUCCUCGAAGGAUUCGACGCGUGGUUAGGCGUAGGCAAUAUCUUAGUCGUUCCGGCACUCUUCGAAGGACAAUUGACCAGAGAGGUAUAUUUCCCUAAAUCGUCAAAAGAUGACGAUCAUGUAUAUUUCGAUUUGCAUGCUCCCCACCGACGAUACCUCGCCGGAACCAAGGCUACCAUCGCUACUCCCCUUGAACAUUUCGGCUUAUUUGCCAGAGAAGGAAGUGUAAUCCCAGUUGGAAAAGAUUAUGCCACUGUCACUGAGACCAAGGGUCCAGGAAGGACGACAAUUGAUGGAGUUGAUGUGGAACUUGAGAGUGAUGGUGGAGUAGUAGGAUUAGAUGAUUGGAGGGGAAUCAAGAUCUUCCCGUCGACCAAUCCCAAAAAGGAAUACGAGGGACAAUGGAUUGAAGAUGAUGGUAUUUCAGCGAAACCCAAGAAAACUAUCAUCAAAGUCAACUAUAAAGGUGAUAAAGAUUCCGUUGAUGUCAAAGUUAGAUUUGAAAAGAAUGAGUUCAAGACUUUGUGGGGUAAUAAGGUACAAGUCAUCUUGCCUGCUGGAGAUGAACGAAAGGUCCAGGGUGCGAAGGAGGUUGAAAAGAAUGGCAAGAAAAUGUGGGAAAUUGAAUUUUAA